CCUUGACUUCACCUCAAUGCCGGCGCUCUUAUUGACUUUAGUCACAUGGCUACUAAGCUAAAGUAGGCUUCAAACUUUUUAAUAAGUCUCUUAUGAAGGUUCAAACUAGCUGAUAAAUUUCAGCCUUGCUUUAACUCUCAAUAUCCAAUCUUCCACACUAAGUCAGGUAAAAUUUAUUGUGGAAGAGAUGUUGACGACUCACUGUGUAUAAAUGUACUCGAUGAAAAUUCGUUCACUUUGGUCAACAGAAUUCAGGUAAAGUGUUUGACGUUUUUGUCUUGAUUUCAGGAUGAUGAGGUUAUGACAUCUUUCGUUGUCGAUGAAGCCGGAUCGGUAAACACAUAUUUAGUUUCCUAUUUUGUAGGAGAUAUUUAUUGCUACUAAGAACUUGCUUUUAAAACGUCUUGAUAGCCUUUCUCUAAGGCCUACAAAAGUAUGGAUGGUAAGUAGUUCAUUUGGAACUCAGAUUUGCUGCCUAGUCUUGUCACCAAAGAAUCGUGCAGAAAAUGGCGCUUAACAAAACUUCAACACGAUUAGCUACCGGUUCAGGAGAUAUGAUUGUUAGAUUAUGGCAUAUUGGUUCGAAGGAAGGCUUCUCAAAAAGCUGUCGACUGCACCAGGGAAUGAUAACACUAUUGAAAUUCCAUCCGACAUUACCUUACCUUUUCUCAUCGUCAGUGGGUGAUCACUUUGUAGCUGUGUGGGACACUGAGACUGGAAAACAUGUCUCUUCUCUUGAAGGUCAUCAAAGCAUUGUUACAAGUUUGGACUUUAAUGCUGGAAAAAAUGAAUUAGUUACAUGUGGGCGCGAUAAAGUUCUUAUUGUCUGGUCGUUCGUAGACUUCACAAAACAAAAAGUCAUACCUACCUUUGAG